AUGACAGACAACCACAUCUCCGCUAUUCAAUCAUCGAAUGAAAUCUAUGAAAUACCUCUUCGACCUGUCAAAUUCCCUUUUAUUCUUCCUGCUCAUGCACCCCAUUUUCCGGAUCAAGGGUGGUCAACCUUGUCUUUCUCGCACACGGACCCCAUCCACAUUUCAUCUCAGAAGCUUCUGCAAGCAAGUAAAUCCUUCUUUGAUCUUCCGCUUGAGUAUAAAUCUCAGUUUCUUACUGGGAAGGGUACUGAGGAAGGAUGGAAUCGUGUGGAAGGCGAGAAGGAAUUCAUCACCCUACGUGAGAUCAACACUAUACCUCCCGAAUUGUUGGAUACCGUGAAAGAAUUCUGGGAUAUUACUGGGGAUGUUUUAAACAAGAUAUUGGAAGAAAUUGCUAGUAGCUUGGGCAUGAGGAAAGAGUUGCUCACACGGUAUUCUGAGCCAUGUCUCAAGCUCCAUCAUCAGAAGACAGCAACUAUGAUCAGAUUGUUCAGGUACGAAAGUGAUGGAAUAGAGGGGAAGGUCGUUUCGGAACCACAUCGUGACCUUGGUCUCUUGAGCCUAUCAAUUAGCGAUGUACCUGGUCUGGAAGUUUUGGACAUGCAAACCAAAAAGACGUUCCCAAUCGAACAGUCGUUUGAGGGGAGAGAUACAGGAACUUUACUCGUGGGGAGAGAGUUGAAUUUCUUGAGCAAUAACAGAUAUCAGGCUGGUGGUCACUCAGUACGUAUGUAUCCAAAAACUUUGACCAGAAACGAGCCACAUGGAAAGGAGAAUGAAGAUAAACAAGAGAUGCCUGCUGGGAAACAUUAUAGAUACUCGAUAGUUUUUGUACUUCGGGGUCAUGAAAGUUUGUCUAUUGAUACAGAUGAAUUGAGGACACCGAUUACAGGACGAUGGAAGAAGCCAAUGAAGGGAUUGAAGAUGGAGAAUCUAUAUCGGCGCUUCAUGAGUAAGCAUGUCAAUAUUAAUGUGGAAAUGGAGGAGAGGCAAAAGCAGAGGAAGAGGUUGCAUGAGAAGAAGGCGAAUAAGAAGAUAGGUUAA